GGAGAAUUGAUUAAACCAUUUGUGCUUUUAGGAAUUUGAUCUCAGUAAUCUUUAUGUGUGUUGUUGGUUUUUCUGGGCUAAGCAGAACGAUGACCAAGAAUGGAAAACACAUUGCAGAGAAGGGGGAAGUGGAAUCCAUCUCCUACAUUACAAGUUCCACGGUGAAACUAGCAGGACUAGAAUCUGCAAAUUCUGACUACAUCCCUAGUGAACACAGAGAUCCUAAACAUGCUUUAGGGACCUCUGGUGCCUUAUUCCACAUGAUCAAAGGCAGUCUCGGCUCAGGAAUACUCUCAAUGCCAGUCGCCUUCAAGAACGGAGGUCUUUGGGUUAGCUUCUUUUGUGCCAUAUUUAUAGGUGUCAUCUGUACUCAUUGUGUUCAUAUAUUGGUAUAUUGUUCCCAAACACUGUCUAAGAAAGUGAAGCAGCCGAGUUUAGGAUAUGCGGCCACAGCUGAGGCUGCCUUUGCCACUGGACCUAAACGGCUGCGGAAAUACUCUGUAAUUGUUCGGGAGUUUGUGGACAGUGCUUUGAUGAUAACGUACUACUUCGGCUGCACUGUGUAUAUCGUUUUCAUUGCUGCAUCUUUUAAACAGGUGAUUGAGACAUACGUAGACGUCAGCUUGAACUCUCGCUACUACGUUCUACUGACCGCAGUAGUUAUCAUUCCCGUCGGCAGUGUUCGCUACAUCAAGUACCUCGUGCCUUUCUCAUUCAUUGCAAUCCUCUGUCUUUUGUUUGGCUGUGCCUUCGUACUCUACGAUGUCUUCAUUGAUCUGCCUCCAAUUGACUCAAGACCAGCAUUCACGUCUAUUCAGAAACUGCCACUUUUUUACGCUACGGUGUUAUUCGCCUUGGAGGGAAUCGGAACUGUAUUCCCAAUUGAAAAUGUGAUGAAAAAACCAAAGCAUUUCCUUGGUUGCCCUGGAGUUUUAAAUGCCUCCAUGAUACUCCUGAUCUUCUUAUAUGUCAUCAUGGGCUUCUUCGGGUAUCUUCGUUACGGAGAUGCAACUGAGGGCAGUGUUACGCUGAAUCUCGGCAAGACAGUUGCAGGAGAAGUGGUAAAGCUGAUGGUGUGCCUCAAUGUCUUGUUCUCGUUUGGACUGUGUUUCUGCGUUCCUUGCGAAGUUGUCUGGCGUAAACUUGAAUCCAAAGUGAGAAAAGAGAAUAAAACAAUCGCUUACUACGUCAUGAGGGUUUCCCUCAUCAUUGGUAGCAUCUGCGUAGCAUCCAUAGUGCCGGAGCUAGAGCCUUUCGUAGGUCUGGUAGGUGCCAUCUGCUACUCCACGUUGGGUCUGUUGUUUCCGGCACUCAUAGAACUUGUCACCUUCUGGGAAGACCCGGACUACAUGGGUCCUUGCCGCUGGGUCCUCUACAAGAACCUCUUCCUGGUUCUUAUGUGGCUCGUAGCUCUCACUGCUGGCACUCAGGCCAGCAUAGCUACGAUACUUGAAUCUUUGGCAUAACAGCUGAUUAGCUUAGACCAAACCUCUAUCUGUGAUAAUAGUUGAAGCUUGUUAACUUUUUAGCAGUAUUUUUGUGUAAGGCAGGGCCGCUUCAGUAAUGGGCGCGACGGGCCCAGGUCCAAGGGGCAAGAGAUUUUAGGUUAAGGAAGAGAAAAGGGAGGGGCGAAAUUAUUUCUUGGGCCCAUAGCGUCCUCAUGUGUGUUCAAGUCUUACAAAUUCUUAAUCUUCUCGGUUGAACCAUUGACUAUUGUAUACUAUAGUAGACAUCCCAUCUAUAUGGACCAGCUGGCACCAAUUUUUUAUUAAAAAGAAUGUAAUUGUGUGAGCCAGUCACAUAUUGCGUAAAAAAAAUUUAAUUCUAUUAGGUCUAAAAUUCUGUUUUUACCUUAUUUUUGUUACUGAAAUAGUCAGACGUUACAUAAAAGAUGCUUUAGCUUACAAUAAGCCAUCCUAUCAGUUUAACUUAAAAUCUGCAUAUUGGACAAAAAUCAGCAAUUAACAUCAGCACAUUCUUUUGGUAGCUCACUGCAACUACUUCAGCUACAACUUUACCAUGGGAAUGGAAUAUUAGGUAGAAUUGUUCAAAGAAUUAAACAUUUAACUUUAUAUUCCUUUGCUAUUGUUACAGAAAUAAAAGUUUUCGGUGAGAAGGAUCUUUAGAAGUUAUAAUAAUGUCUUUCCAAGCU